GCAAUCAGCAGGAGUCAAGACUGAUUCAAAAGCACCAAAAUAAUGAAUAAUUCUAAUUGCAAUCUCCCCCUUUGUUAGAAACAGAGUGAGCCCAGCUCUACCUUUGAUCAUGAAAACAUGGCUCAUUGCAUUUUGGAAUUCUUUGUUGCUGGGACAGACACAGCAGGAGGUUCUCUGUAUUGGGCUUUGUUCCUCAUGGUGACGUAUCCAGAUAUCCAAGAUAAAGUCUACAACGAGAUGGCGAGUGUUUUGGGUUCCUCUGACUCAAUCUGCUAUGAAGAUCGGGGGAAAUUGCCUUACACCCAUGCUGUGGUUCACGAAAUUCUACGUUCAAGAUAUGUCUUAUUGUUUGGUGUUCCCAGGCAAACAGCGAAAAAUGUAAACACAUGUGGUUUCUCUAUUCCAAAGGGAACUUUCAUUAUUGCAGAUUUCCACUCUGUUCUUCUGGAUCCAAAGCAAUGGGAGAGCCCUGAAGAAUUCAAUCCAAAUCAUUUUUUGGACAAGGAUGGAAAUUUUUUGAGUAGAGAAGAAUUCCUGGCAUUUGGAGCAGGGGCUCGUGUAUGUCCGGGAGAACAGUUAGCCAGGACUGAGUUUUUCCUUUUCUUUACCAACCUGCUGAGGACCUUCCGAUUCCAGCUGCCAGAAGGUGUGAAAGAACUCAGUCAGGAACUGGUAGUGGGAAUUACCUUACAUCCUCAACCUUUUAAACUCUGUGCUAUUCCUCGCUGCAGGUCAUCCUAAAAUAGAUGAAAAUUGAUGUAGGGAGAGCACAUCAUUUCUGUGGCUUUUAAAAUGAUUUCCAAUUUCUCUGCCCUGUUUUAUGUGUGUUAUCCAUGCAACGUGUGUCAGGAUAUCCGCAAGCUAGAAAUCAAAGCAUAAUUAAAAUGCAGAAUAGUGAUGCAUGGUUGACAAGGUUAAAUGUUAGAAUGGUUAAUUGGAGGCCCGCUUGCUUGUUCCUG